AUGAGGCGGAACGACCGAGAGAGUUUGCCCCUUCAACUAAGAGGGCCUGCUCCCUACGCUUGUCUUCGGGUUUCCGUUUAUCGACUGGUAUAUGAGUUUGGUCACAAAAAAUUGUCAGCUACCUCCGUCAACAGAGAAAGCAACACAACACGGCUGCCUGUUCUGGAAAGGGUGUUGAAAUUGGCCACAAUGAUGGUGCUCAAAAAAGAUUUUUUAGUAGAGUGGGUCAUACCUACUGGUUAUACCUCGAAAGACUGGGGUGUGGGGUUGCGAGGUGCUCUACCACCUAUGUCGAAAUUUUAUGGUGUGGCGAUAGCAAAAGAUGCUAAAGUCUGGGUUGGGCGAGCGGUAGUUGGGGUGAUCAUCGAUGAAGGAUUUACUCCGCAGUCGAGCUUCGAGAAUGUAAUGAGCAGCGGUCUGACCGCGAUAUGGUCCGAAAUUGAAAGCGGAGAUCCGAAGCUUGAGCAACGAGUAUAUCAAUGGCUUGCCACGAAUACGAUUGAUUCGUUCUUUGGUGAUUGGGUGAACGGACAGCCAGAGAAUUUUAAGCGUACUCGUCUGUUAAAUCGGGACCUAUGGGAGGAGUUUGCCAUUAAGCUUGGAAGCAGAGAGUUGGAGCGGGAUACCAAGGAGGAAGAGGAAAUAUAA